GUUUUGUUUCCUGAGUGUAUGCCUGCUGUGAGUUAAGACUGAGGACUUUGGAACCAGACUUGAGUGCAAGUAGUUAUUUGAGAGGUGGGGAUGGAGGCUCAGCUUAUUGCUGGAUCCUGCCGACAUUACCUUGCUAGGGAAUUUGAGAACCACCUGCUUCUGCCAGCUGGGGAAUGAAGAUCUGCUUCCUAUUUGGCCUGCUGACACCACCGAGUGGAGAAAUUAGAGUGCACAGUCUGCUUCCAUUGGGAAGAGAGGUUGGAUGGACAAUCAACUUUCCUGCCCACUGACUGAAAUCUGGGGAGUGAAGAGACUUUCCUUGGAGCUGUUUUCCCGAUGCCUGUUGGUGGCUCUGGAUUGGAGGUUUCUGCAAUACCCUGUCCCAGACUUCUUUUGAUUGAUGUUAACAUGGUCCUCUGGAAAGCUCAUUGGAUGGGUGCUCUUAACCAAACAAGAGUGACUGAAUUUGUCUUCUUGGGACUCACUAAUAACUGGAUGCUGGAGAUACUGUUUCUCAUGGUAUUCUCAGUCACUUAUGUGCUAACCUUUUUGGGGAACAAUCUCAUCAUCAUUACCAUAACCUUUACUCCACGUCUCCAUACCCCCAUGUAUUUCUUCCUGAGCAAUCUGUCCUUUAUUGACAUCUGCCACUCAUCUGUCACGGUGCCCAAGAUGCUAAAGGAUUUGCUUUUAGAGAGAAAGACCAUUUCCUUUGACAAUUGCAUUGCACAGCUCUUCUUCCUACAUCUUUUUGCCUGUGCUGAGAUCUUUCUGUUGACUAUUAUGGCGUAUGACCGAUACAUAGCUAUCUGCACUCCAUUACACUACCCCAGUGUGAUGAACAUGAGAGUCUGUGUACAGCUUGUCUUUGCUCUUUGGUUCGGGGCUACUGUUCACUCACUGGUGCAGACCUUCUUGACCAUUCGUCUACCUUACUGUGGCCCCAACACUAUUAAUAGUUACUUUUGUGAUGUGCCUCCUGUCAUCAAGCUGGCCUGCGCAGAUACAUACCUCACGGGAAUGCUGAUUGUGUCCAAUAGUGGAACCAUCUCCCUCACCUGUUUCCUGGCUUUGGUCACCUCCUAUGUGGUUAUCCUGGUUUCUCUUCGAAAACAGUCAGCCGAAGGGCCCCGGAAAGCCCUGUCUACCUGCUCAGCCCACUUGAUGGUGGUUGCCCUCUUCUUUGGGCCGUGCAUCUUCAUCUACACUCGCCCAGACACCAGCUUCUCCAUUGACAAGGUGGUCUCUGUCUUCUACACAGUGGUCACCCCUUUGCUGAAUCCCCUCAUUUACACCUUGAGGAAUGAAGAGGUAAACAGUGCCAUGAAACAGCUCAGGCAGAGACAAGUGUUUUUCAUGAAAUCAUAUGCAUGAUGGGAAUUGGGAUUGCAGACAUAACUGUAGCCACAUUCUUAACGAGAGAGCAAAAGUAAAGAGUCACAAUCGUUAGGUAAAAUGGCGUGAAGCAGGUUCGACUUCUCCUUAAAGACAGAGACUUAUUAAGUAUAAAGGGAAAAAUCGUGGUAGAACAUGUAAGGAAAAAGAACCUGGGAAAGUUCGGAGAAGCCUUCUGAUUUGACCAGUAAAAGAAUACAAUUUGGGGAACUCAGUUCAGUCUCAGUCUCAGAAACAGGGACAGCUGUGGGAAGCUACCCUCUUGGUUUAUGCUGUUCUGUAGGGAGCAAUACCCAUUUUUUAUAAAUUACAGUGGUUUCAGUCUUGCUUUCA